UUAAAUAUUGGUGCAAACAGGACAGAGGUUCUGGGUUUUCUCUUCACAUUACAAAGUACAAACACUCUGCAGCAGGAGCGUACGCAUAACUCCCCGCCGUCCGGACAUUUCUUGGUUCCUGAAAUUUCAAAGAAUACCAAUGGCUCACAGGCGUUGCCUCUUGAUAAGAGGGAACCUCAUGAAUCGGAAGUGCCACCCAUCUUUCAGUUAUGUUCUCCAUAGCAAUGAAGGGAAACGUGAAUGCCCUGAUGAAAAGUCAUCUUCAGCUGGCAUUAGUAAUUCUAUCCAAAGAAGGAUGUUUGGGAACUCAGUUGAUGGAUCAAUGCGGUUUGUUUCCUAUUCUGGUCAAAGAAUGCAUUCAAACAGAUUCCUUUCUCCGUACUCUGGAUAUAAUUUCUGUCGACAUAUGUCAACAGUCAAUCAGGGUUCUGAUAAGAUUGACAUAAUGACUGACAUAGCAGAUGUUCUCAAAGACACAACUGUGGAAGCUGUAACUUCUCAGGCUCCCAUCGUUAAAGAAGUUGCAAUUGCUGCUGCUGACUCCGCUUUACCUGUGAAGGCCUUGCAGUACAUUAUAGAUGCUGUGCAUUCCUACACUGGAUUAAACUGGUGGGCAUCCAUAGUUCUAACAACUCUCUUGAUUCGGAGUGCAACAGUUCCACUCUUAAUAAAUCAACUUAAGGCCACUUCUAAGCUUACAAUAAUGAGGCCGCACAUGGAAAAAAUAAAGCAAGAGAUAGAGGAUAAGGCUAUGGAUCCUGUAGCUGUUGCUGAAGGUCAGAAAAGGAUGAAGAAGCUAUUUAAGGAAUAUGGUGCGAGUCCAUUUACUCCAUUGAAGGGACUCUUUAUUCAAGGUCCUGUCUUUAUUAGUUUUUUCCUUGCGAUAAGGAAUAUGGCUGAGAAGAUGCCAUCAUUCAAGCAUGGGGGAGCCUACUGGUUUGUUGAUCUCACAACUCCAGAUUCCUUGUACAUUUUGCCAGUUUUGACUGCUUUGUCAUUCUUAAUAACAGUAGAGUGCAAUAUGCAAGAAGGCUUGGAAGGAAAUCCAGUUGCUGGCACCAUGAAAAAGUUCUCUAGGGGUCUUGCAGUCCUUACAGUUCCUUUCACCAUGGGAUUUCCAAAGGCUAUAUUUUGUUACUGGAUUACAUCAAAUUUGUUUUCACUUGUGUAUGGACUUGUCCUUAAAUUUCCUGGUGUAAAGAAAGCUCUGCGGAUUCCCAUAAUACCCCAAGCAGCACCCACCAGUGGUCCACAAUCUCCCUUUUCUAUAUUUCCAGCACUAAAACAAGCUACGUCAGCAACAAAUGGACCAAACUCAAUGCCUGUUGAACCAUCAAAACAUCCAAAGAAAAAAACAUCUUCUUCUGAUGUCAAUCAAAGACUUAGACGUUUAGAGAAACAAGUGAAAGGAAGAAAGAAAAACAAGAACUGAGGAGAAGUUGAAUUGUUCCUUAGUUAAACCAUCUAAUAUAUAGUAGAUGUACUGAAAUUUUGUCAUCAUUUAUGUCAGAAAAUCUGUUAGAAUUAGAAUCAAAAUUUUGAGUUAUUUGUGAUCUGAAUUCUAAAGGAUUUGCUGCUAAUAAUUAGCAUGAUUUGUUCCCAAAAUAAUUGGAUGAGUCUGAUGUAACUGAUUCCAUAUUCUUGUUUCCUUUUUACUUACUGAUUGUCAGGAAUUGUUAUUUCCAUCUAUUCAAAUCUGUAAUGAAAACAAUGAAGAUCGUUGUAUUUUCUUUCUGUUA